AUGCGUUGCUUCAACCUUUUCAAGUGCUGCAAGGGUGACACUGGUGUCGACCUCGACUAUCUCCCUCCUGCACGCGCCAUCGAGCUCAAGAAAACUGGCACCAAGAGAGUCAACUCUUUUCUGCCCAUCUCGACCAAGCCAAUCCCUGAGCUCGACGUGUCGCCCUCUUCAAGCACUUCUCUGGCCAUGUUCGACUUCGAGGCAAUCACCAGUGUGCCUUUCGGCAUCAACUCAUUCACCGCCCAAGGCAACUUUGAAGACGUCGACUUGUCCUCUCCUAUCAACUUCUGUUCGCCCCCUGCCCAGGCACGCAAAGCCCUCUCAUCACCCUUCGAAGACCGCUACGAAAUCGACCGCACUCUGGCCAUUGACGGCAACCCCUCCGACGAUGAGGAGGGCUCCUAUUCUUCUUCGCCUUGUUCUACCGAACCUUCUGUCCUGUUCGACCAGUCUAGUCGCGUCAACUCCUACAACACUUGUCCUUCGCCCUUUGGUGAUGAGCAUGAGUUCGACUACGACGUCGAGUACGCCCCUACUACUCACCCCUCCAAGAGCGAGUACACUGAGCGUGCUCUGGAGUACCAGCGCGGUAAGUCCUUUGUUUCGUCCUUGCUUUCUGAGACACACGAGCAACCAUUGCUAACAUCUGCCUCAGUCUGCCUGCUGUUUGGACCUGGUAGUGUCGAGUACAACAACCUCCAGCGUGACCACGCACUUGCUGUUCUCGAAGGCGUCAAACCCCAACGCAAUGACCCACUGAGGCAGGUCUCUCUUCGGCAUCCAAGGUUGCACGGUUGCUAA